AAAAAAAAAAGUAAAGAGAAAAAAACUCGCAUGCAUCGGAAUGAUAAAAACGACAAUGUGCUCGCUGAACCCUGGCACGGUGUGGAGCAGCUGAAGUUGAUUAAGACUUUUCUGGCAAUAAAAGACUGACAUUAAAGUGUUAGUGGAAGUGUUUAGAAACUCUUCGACUCGCUGGGACAGCUCUCACUUACUGACUGAUGGAAAGCGAGAGGAGGCAAAGGGGGAAAUCUUUUCGCUCAAGCAGAAGCGCCAUGGACUGGCGGAGCAACAUUUAACGUUCCUUUUUUUUCCCCCCUUCUUCUUGUUGUUUUGGGCGCAAUGACGGACUAAGCAAAGUAUUCGCGUGCUUGCGUGUAGCAUGAGACUGAGUGCGAUAUGUCUAACGCGAGGCCGAGUAAGAGCGUGGAAUGGCUGCAACUGGAGUUGGAGACCGGAGGCACUUCUCUGCUCCUGCUGGACUGCCGCUCACACGAGCUGUAUGAAUCAUCCCACAUAGAGACCGCCAUAAACCUGGCCAUGACGGGGCUCAUGCUGCGGAGGUUCAAGAAGGGCAACAUCCCGAUCCAGACCGUCAUCCCCAAGCACGAGGACAAGGAGAACUUCGUAAGGCGGUGCAAGACGGACACGGUGGUCCUGUACGACGAGAGCUCCGCGGACUGGCAGGACAGCGGCUCCCCGGCCACCGUGUUGUUCCUGCUUCUUAACAAACUGCGAGAAGACGGGUGUAUAGCGUACUUUCUUGAAGGUGGUUUUGUGAAGUUCCACACAGAGUACCCAGAACACUGCGAGACCCUCCUGGACAGCUCCUGUCCGAGCUCCUCUCCCCCGAUGCCCGUCCUGGGCUUCGGAGGUCUCCGGAUCAGCUCGGAUUGUUCAGACGGCGAAUCCGAUCGAGAACCCAGCAGCGCGACGGAGUCAGAGGAGAGCCCCAUCCCCAGCAAUCAGCCAGACUUUCCCGUCCAAAUCCUACCUUACCUCUACUUGGGCUGUGCCAAAGUCUCCAGCAACUUAGACGUGCUGGACCAGUAUAACAUCACGUAUAUCCUGAACGUCACGCCUAAUCUGCCCAACGUGUAUGAGCACAAGAGCCACUUCAGAUACAAGAAGAUCCCUAUUUCGGAUCACUGGAGUCAGAACCUGUCCCAGUUCUUUCCAGAAGCUAUAUCAUUUAUUGAUGAGGCUCGAUCUAAGCGCUGUGGCAUCCUUGUCCACUGCCUGGCCGGCAUCAGUCGCUCAGUCACAGUCACCGUGGCCUACCUGAUGCAGAGGCUCAACCUGUCUCUAAACGACGCCUACGACUUUGUGAAGAGGAAGAAGUCCAACAUCUCGCCAAACUUCAACUUCAUGGGACAGCUCUUAGACUUUGAGAGGACGCUGGGGAAGCACACACCCUGCGACAACCGCUCUACCAGCGAGGAGCAGCUUUUCUUCACCACACCAACCAAUCACAAUGUGUUUCAGCUGGAGUCGACAUGAGGAGCAGGAACGUUUUUUUUUAUGCUGUUGUUGUCGUUUCCUGUGGUGGUUUUUCUGAGCUUGUCAGAUGCCUGACUUGCUGACGCAGGUGGUAAGUCAGCAAUAGUGUUCAACAACUUCACAACGAGCCUCAUUGAUCUGUUAAAGCAACAGAAUCCAUAAGCUCCUGUCUCAAUGCCUUAAUAUCUUAACAACAGAAGCAAUCUAACGUUCCACCACAUACUGUAUUAAUGAAUGGCCAUGUACAGUCAUUAUAGAUGGACUUUUCAUAAUAUUUCUUUUUAAGACUUUUAAUGUUUUUGGACUGUCGUUUGUUGUACUUUCCUAGUUUGUUUAUGAAUAGGCAUGGGCUGGUAUGAGAUUUUUACAGUGUGAUUGCUUUGAAUAAAAAUACAAAUUCAAAAUGCUUAA